AUGGACGGGCGCAGCGCGCCGCUCGCGGACGUGCUCGCGGCGAUCGACCGCCACUGGCCGCCGGACGGCGGCGGCCUGGUGACGCAGCAGCUGAACGUGCUGGCGCGCGCCGCGGUCGCAGCGCGGGGCGCGCUGCGCGCUGAUGGGUGCUUCACCAUGGAUCUCGGGGCAGCGGGCAACGCGCUCAAGGACUGGCGCGGCGCCCGCGGCGCGGGCCCCGCCGGCGGGUGGCCCGAUAUCAGCACCCUUCUGCUGAGCGCGAGCGUGGCGCACAACUGUGCGCUCACGCGCGUGCAGAGCCGCCAAAACAGGACCAAGUAUUUGCUGGUGUUGGACCCGCGGCCGUUGCUUGAAGAACUUUACGGGACGCAACCUGAGGCCAUGCAGCAGCAACAGGCGCAGCAGCAGGCGCAGCAGCAGCAGCAGCAGCAGCAGCAGCAGCAGCAGCAGCAGCAGCAGCAGCAGCUGGGGCAGCCCUAUGACAUCAUUGAGAUCUUGGACUCCGACGAGGAAGACGAGCGGGCGUUGCCGGAGCAGCAGCAGCAGCUGCGACGCGCCGCCACCGCGGUUGUGCCGCCAGCAGGCGCCGGGCGCGCGGCGGCCAACGGCCGCGGCGGCGGGGCCUCGGGCGGCGGGGGCGGCUGGUUGGACAAAUGGCGGGGGCUUUUUGAGUUGGUGGUGGACGAUCGAGGGGUCCCCUCAUACGCGCCAAUAGCAAGGCGCGGCGGCGACGGCGACGCAGGCGGUGGCGGCGGCGGCGGCCGCGGUGCUGCCGGCGGCAGGGGCGACGGGGGCCCCUUGUUGGAGCGCAGCCGCCCCGCUGGACCGCCGCCGCCGGAGGUUGACAAGCUGCCAGACAGCCUGCGCCGGCGCCUUAGUUGGGACCCAUGCGGCGGGGCGCCGCGGCCGCAGCUCAGUAGCCGGCAGGGUGGCGGCGGCGGCGGCGGUGCAGGCGGCGGCAGCGGCGCUACGGCAGCAGAAGCGUCGAUUGAGCUGUUGGGAGGGGGGCCGGACCGGGGAGGGCGUGCGGGGCCCAGCGGCGGCGGGCACCUUUUGCACAACGACCGGGGCGGGCGGCAGCAGCAGCAGCAGCAGCAGGAUGCGCAGGAGGAGCAGCAGGAGGAGCAGGAAGCAGAGCAGCAGGAUGAGCAGCAGCAGGAGGAGGAGGAGCAGCAGCAGGAGGAGCAGGAGCAGCAAGACGAGUGGUGUUUUCAGGCUGCCCAAGGCGCCGCAGCCGCCGCCGCGGCGACGCCGGGGCCGGCUGACGAGGCGGCAGACGAGGGGGCGGCGCAGGUCGGCGGGCUUGCAGAAGCUGGGGGGGCGGCGGACGGGCGGCAGCAGGUGUUUUGGGACGCUGAGGCGGGCGGCUUGGGGGCCAUGCAAGGGGGGGCAGGGGGUACGCGGCAAGCGGGGCCGCCGGCAGGGCACCCAAUCGACGAGGCCGCUGCGUCGCUGCUGCUUCUGCUGCCGGAAAGGCUGCGCCGCCAGCUGGCGCCGCUCGCGGCGCCGCCCCCGGGCGCCCCUUUGCUACGAGAGGUGCUUCUGCACGGCCACGCCCGCCCCGCAGCGGUGCGGCUGACGGACGGCUCCGCCUUUGAGCUCGAGGGCCGCGCGCCGCUGUCAGAGGCGCUGCGGGCGCUCGCCGCGGCGCGUAAUGAGCUCGGCGCGGCGCAGCGGGCGCGGUGGGGGGGCGCCGCAGGGCGGGGCGACGAGGAGGAGGAGAACGGGGGUGAUGGGGAUCUGCGACAGGAUGGGGCGGGGGCGUGGCGGGGGCUGUUUGAUGCGGACAAUCGGCUGGCUCUGCCCGGCUGCCUGCACCGCGUGAGCGCGGCCGUCAGCCGCCGCGGUGACGUCAUCGGGAUCACCUACCGCGCCGGCCGCCACGCGGCGGGCGCGGCGGCGCCGCUGCGGGACGUUUUGGAGCAUAUGGGGCGUGCACACCGCGGCGAGGCGCCCGGCGCCUGCUUCGGCGGCCCGGUGGCAGCACGGGGCGGCGAUAGCGGCGGCGAUAGCGGCGGCGGCGGCGGCAGCCCGUCGCUGCUGCUUCUGGGGCGGCCGGGCGUUGGCAAGACGACGCUGCUGCGGGAUAUCGCGCGCGUGUUUGCGGACGAGAUCGGCCUGGCUGUGGUGGUGGUCGACACCAGCAACGAGAUCGCGGGGGACGGGGACGAGCCGCACCACUGCAUCGGGCGCGCGCUGCGGCUGCAGGCGCUCGUCGUCGUCGACGAGAUCAGCUCCCCCGCCGACGCGGCCGCCGCCCGCCAGAUCGCCAGCCGCGGCGUGAUGCUCGUCGCGACCGCCCACGGCGCCGCGCUGCGCGACGUGCUGCACAACCCCGACCUCUCCCGCCUCGUGGGCGGCGUGCAGCCGGUGAUACUGGGCGACGCCGCGGCGCUCCGCGCACCGGGCGGCGCGCGGGACGGCGCAAAGACGCGGCUCGAACGCGCGGGCGCGCCCGUGUUUCAGGUGCUGUUGCAGAUCCGCGGCCGUUCAGCGUGGCGGCUGCAUUUCUCGGUCGCGGAGAGCGUGGAUGAGACGCUCUCUGGCGCGCCAGCGGCGGCGCAGCGGGGGCCGCGGCACGCGCGGCUUUGGCGGCGGACGAGGCACGGCGGGCCGCGGCGCGGCCGCGCGGGCGACGCGGCGGCGGCGGCGGCGGCGGGCUCGGUGCGUUGUAUGCGGCCGUAG